AGCCCUAUUUUGGGCUUUACAGGCGGCUUCAUCUGCAGUUUGUACCGUUUCUGAUACAGAAAAUCAACAUUCAAUGACUGACGUUAGAGUUACGACAUUAUUCGGCUGUUGUGCUCUGUAAUUUAUGGUGAUUUUGGUACAGAGUGAGGGCAAGUGAUGCCUGAGAGAUCCUACGGAGGGGGAAUUUUAUCCCCCAUCAACUCUGUCCACUGAACCACACAAAAACUAACUAUGUUGGCAGUAAUUUACCUGAGAGACGCCAGCAGGAAGAAAGUAGCGCACGAGUGACAGCAGCACACCAUCCUGCAGAGAGAAAUGAACCGUGAUACUCCAGAGGCACUGGGUCUUGACCCUGCCGUCCUGAGAGACCAACUCUUCGAACUAUGGAACCGGAAAGAGCUGCAGACGCUAAAUUUCGUAGCCAUUCAGGGAUUUUCCAAGCUCUCUGAGCCUCUGGAGGCCUUGCUAACAAUCCUGGAGAGCUGUCCGGGCAAACAGAAGGGUCGGAGCCACACCCUCGGCCAUCAUAUCCUAUUGGAAUUCCAGACGUGGAUGAAGGAACAUCCUCAGUUGACACUGAGUUCACUGUCAGAGCAGCAAGCACUCGAGCUCCAGCAUCGUGCUCUACGUUUACUAACGGACACGCAGGCCAGCUUCGUCGAGAGCCUCAUCAACAUCUACCACCUCGGCUCCCUGGACCCAGCCCUACUCAGACUGCACAUUGUGAAGUUGCAGGCCCUCAAAUGCUACAAAGAGGCAGCCGUGCUGUGCGUUAAGCUUAAGUUACAGAAGGAAGUGAAUAUGGAGGAGAUGUGCGUGCCACUAAUCUUGCAGGAUAAGAUGUCCUUGGCCGAGUCCUUUGUCGCAGGUCACAAAGAUCUAGAACAGCGACUUGUCACAUUGCUCGACUCCUGGUGCCACCCUUACUUCAAUGUAGAACAGAUAAGCGUGCGGUUCCCUCGUCUCUCCCUGUCCAAACACAGCAUGGGCCAGAUCCAGCCUAAACUGCUCGCCAAACACAUCUUACGACUCGUGGAGAAAUUCAACAUUGACCAUGGACUUUAUCCCAAUGCUCUUCACAAGAGGAGACUGGACUCUUUACGUUUCCUCAUGUACAAAAGGUUUGUGGAGAAAAGCAUGACAGAGGACAACUGGAUUGACCAUGUACAGUGUGUAGUGGCAGAUGACCAUGAGCUGCAGAUUAAAUUGGUGGAGAUGUUGCUGCAGUACUGCAGUAUUCAGAAAGCCGCUCAGUGGUCACUGAGGUACAACAUCCCCAGAAAUCGACUUCCCAUCGGGGUAUGGGAAACACAGCAGAGUCUACCGCCAGAUCUACAACAGAUAUGUCCGAGUGAUUCAGCACAAGCUGAGGAGUGGAUACCGUCUCAGCCUCACUGUCAGAGGUUCUACCAGGUGCCACUCACCAAAGACAAGGUUCACUUUGUGGACACGGUAGAAGCUCUCCAGAGAUGUCGACACAUUGUGCUGAAGGACGGUGGUGUAGUAGGAGUUGACAUGGAGUGGCAGCCCUCAUUUGGCUGCAUCUUAACUCAGAGAGUGGCCCUGAUACAGCUUGCAGUGUAUGACCAGGUUUUCUUGUUGGACCUCUGUGAAAACGGAUUCUGUCAACACCCAGAUACUGUUAGUUUCAUCAGAAGCUUGUUCUCCAAAAGAAAUGUCCUGAAACUUGGUUAUGGUAUGACCGGGGAUCUCAAGUGUCUUUUGGCCACAUGGCACCAGUUUUUGGAGGAGCCACUGAAGAUGGAGGGGGUGCUUGAUCUUCUCAGGAUACACCAGAAGAUCCAGAGUGGUAAAGUCAACAGGACUCAUAAUGGCCCUAAAGACGUGCUGGUUGGAGAAGACUCUGCGGAGAAAGGCCUCAGUCUAAUGAUUAGACAGGUCCUGGGACGGCCCCUGGACAAGACGGAGCAGAUGUCCAACUGGGAAAAACGUCCACUGCGCAUCAGCCAAAUUAGAUAUGCAGUGGCAGACGCCUACUGUUUGCUGGACGUGUACUCCAUCCUCUCAAGUAACCCAGCACACUUCGGACUGCCAGCGGACCUGAGCAGUGUCUCCUCGAGCCAGUCGGGGAAGAGUGGAGACAAGAUGCGGAAGGGGAAACAGGCCAAGGAGAAGAAAUGGAACCUUGGCAAAGAGGAAUGUCAGGGGGCUCAAAGGGUCAGUCCCCCUCGCUCUGACACAGAGAAAGGCCUCCUGUGUGGCGAGAAGCCCUCAGAAAAAAACCCUCCUCUGCCCCCCCAGCAGUUGCGGGUGGUGUGUGACAACAUGCUACAGGGACUUGGGAGGUACCUGCGCUGUUUAGGAGUUGAUGUGGUCAUGUUGGAGAACACGGAUGAUCACAGAGAAGCAGGAAGGUUAGCACAAGCGGAAGGCCGUGUCAUACUCACAUGUGGACAACCGUUCCAAAGUUUGCGUUCCCAGGUGGGUGAGGGUCUCUGUCUGUACCUAGACUGUUCAGAAAAGGCCCGAGACCAGGCCGUUCGGGUCCUCAAACACUUCAACAUCCAGCCCACUCCCAGCGAUAUAUUCAGCCGCUGCCAGGCGUGUAACAGUGAUCAGUAUGCGGCUGUGCCCAGAGAGGACAUGGUCAGGAUGCUUAAACGGAAAGGAUUUCUGCAGGACCUGGACAACGCUGAACAUGCACAACAGACAUCCCGUCAACAGGAGGAGGAGAAGCUUGGUGACAUCUUGACCCCUUGCCUGACCCCUCAACUCCCCAGGUAUGCUCUUCAUUGUCGCUGGGCCCCCCUUUCAGGGCUGGACCCCGACACCCUGACCUUUCCCGGGGGGGCGCCCAUACAGCUCCAAGCCGUGCCCCCUGCCCUCCUGCCGAGGAUACCGCACUUCUAUGUCUGCACCAGAUGUGGCAAGGUGUUCUGGGAAGGCUCUCACUUUGGCCGUGUCCUCUCCAUGUUCGAGGAGGUCUUACACAUCACAGACAAGGACACGGAUUUUGCUGAAGUGCCGGUUACAGCAGCACAGCAGAACUGACUGGUAUAGAGCUCCGACAUAUUACCAAACCCCAAAAAAACAUCCAGAAUGAUACACAUAGCACCGAGCUGCCAUGAAAUCAAAUUAAGUUGCCUCAUUCAGUUUUCCCAAUUUUCUGAUUACCUUGAUAUCACAUAAAAACGGUACAUUUAGACUGAAGUUUCAACAUCAACUUUAGACUUGUAUCGCCAAUAAUUUUGGUGAAAAAUUAGGUGAGUUAAAGUUGUUUUUUAUUCUUUACACCUGAAUCAAUUGACGGCACUCAGAAGUCCUACCUCCUGUUACUCAUCUGGUACUGCCACAGUUCAUCGAAAAAAAAAAUGUUUUUCAACGUGAAUGACUUCAACAGUUUUAAACCAGUUGUGUUUAUAAAAGUUAAAAACUCAUUUUAAUGUUGGUGAACCAAAGACGAGUCAGACAGGUCCUUUUUGUUGUUCGAUUUUAUUCAUUGUUAUAAUCUGGCCCCUUUAAGUUGAUUCAUUUUUUGGGUCACAUUGAGUUAAUUUCAGUUGUAAUACAAUUAUUCUUACGAAACACUUUCCAGGUCAUUAUAUCUUCAAACCAUAAAUGUGUUGAUUUUAAGUCUGUUGCAAUCAACAAUUUUUAUUAUAUUCUAUUUGAUGACAAUUUGUUUUUAUUGUUUUGAUUAAAAGCUACUGUUAAAUGAUGACAGGACUCAGUUCUUCUGCAUAUUUGCAGUCUGGUACUGUAUACCUUCAUUCUUUGUGAUUGCAUGUAUAUAAUUAUUUUUUAUAAUUUAGGUGAAUACUAAUUUUAAUAAACUGAGUUUUCAUUUA